CGUUUACUAGCUUCACUAAAUUUCUGGGUAUUAUGUUUUUAAAAAAUGGGAGAAAAAUACAGAAAUGAAGAUUUUUAUGAUACGGAAGGUUUAUCAAAAGGCCGAUAUUCUAGGAAGAAUGAUCGGAUAGACUAUAAUGAUGAUCAGAAUAAAAAUGUAUAUGAUCAAAGUUAUAAUACAUAUAAUAGUUCGUUGAGAUCAUUGAAAUAUGGUGAUGCUUCUAAAUAUUCUAAUUAUAAGAAAGAAUAUGAUGAAUAUCGGGAUAAAUCUAAGGAAUACGAGAGGGGAAUUUUUAAAACCCAUAAUACAUCUAGUUUGGAGAGUUUUUCAUCGUCGAGACAUGAUUAUGGUGUUUCUGGAUCUGAUAGAUCUCCACGUUUUCGUUUAAGGUCACCGUCGCCUUAUUCUGAGUCAUCAAAAUUACGAAAUUCACCAGAUUCACGUCAUCCUGUAUCUUCUAGUUCGUCGUUCAAAGGAUUCAGAGAAUCAAAUUCUUAUGGUUUUUCAAGUUCGUAUAAAGGUAACAAUUCAUCUUAUAGACAUUCAUCAACGGCAUCUGGGAAUAUGUCAACGUAUAAUCAAGCUUCUUCAGGUUUUCAGGGUUAUUCUGGUGGUUUUUCACGUCAAUACUCAUCUGGAAAUACUUAUCCGCCGUCAUCAUCAUCAUCAUCAUCACAUAGAAAUCUCUUAAAUAUGUCUGCAUGGGAGAUGGCAACUCGAACAUUUAUAUCGCCUAUUUAUGAACAAGAAAAAGAAUUUAAGAGGUUAAAUGAGGAAUUGGAAAGUUUAAAUGAAAAAUCUAAUGCAAUUUUUAAAGAAAAACGCUUAUCAAUGCAUGAAUGGCAGAAAUUGGCAUAUAAAUCCGAAAGAGAAGCUCAAAUUGUAGAGUUUGCUGAGAAGCACUUAGAGGCAACGGUAAAUGGUUCAUUGUUUACUUAAAAGGUUAUAUUUAAAUGUUAAUCAUCCAUAUACAUUAUAAAAAGUA